AUGUCAUGGUAUCUGUCCAGGGGAAUCUACCGUGUGAACGGGGCCAAGUCUCGCGUGGAGAAGCUGUGCCAGGCGUUUGAGAAUGGCAAGGACCUGGUUGAGCUCUCUGACCUCUCACCCCACGACAUCGGCAACGUGCUCAAACUCUACCUGAGACAGUUACCAGAGCCACUGAUCCUGUACCGUUACUAUAAUGAUUUCAUCGGGCUGGCCAAGGAGAGCCAGGCGGUGAUCAUAGAGGAGAAGGCUGCAGCCAGGGCCCUCCAGAACCAGACCAAGAGCCAGGGGCAGCCAGGGGGAGAACAACCCCGACCAGGAGGCACCCAGCCUGCGGUAGAGGGAGAGCAGCCUCCCCUGAGAACCAGCCAGCCUGGAGGAGAGCUCCCCAACCAGCCCAGUAUCAAACUCAACAGAGUCCUGUUUAAGAUUAGAGACCUGUUACGACAGCUGCCUCCUGCACACUACAGGACCCUACGCUUCCUCACAGCACACCUACACAGAGUGACAGAGCAGGCAGGGGAGAACAAGAUGACAGCCAGUAACCUGGGCAUUAUCUUCGGCCCUACGCUGGUCAAACCACGACAGACUGAUGCAGAGGUCUCCCUGUCCUCUCUGGUUGAUUACCCUUACCAGGCACUGAUGGUGGAGUUGCUGGUACGUCACUUCCAGAUGAUCUUUGACGUGGCCAGCCCCGUCUCCUCCUCCUCCUCCUCCUCCUCCUCACCUACCACCACCUCCACGGCGGGCCAUACCUCCCCCCGACUCACCCCUCAGGAGGAGCAGAGACUCAGCCGCCAGUCCACCUCCCUGCUUGACAUCAAGGAGAGCGCCAAAGUCUACAAGAGGCACUUGUCCUCUAAUAUCCUGGAUGAGGUGAGAGGGGUGACGACAGGAAGGACAGGACCGGACAGGACAGGACCAGACAGGACAGGACCAGACAGGACAGGACCAGACAGGACAGGACCGGACAGGACAGGACCAGACAGGACAGGACCAGACAGGAGAGAGUUAACAGCCCUGGAGAGACUCAGUGGUGUCGGCUCUGCUGCUGCUGGCGCUCCCAAGAGGUCUACACUUGUGUUUGGACGUCCCAGCAUCAACCUCUCCUCCUCUACCUCCUCCUUCUCCUCUAUGGCCCCUCGGGUCCAACAGCGCUCUAGAAGGGUGUCCCGACCAAUCAGCAUGCCCUUGGAGCGCCUGCCCCUCCCCAACCCCUCCCAGGUCGUUGAGAGGAACAGCCAGAACACCAACGACGCCGCCAUGUUAGAUCCCACUGCUGACACCAUCAUGGAGUUGGCCGAGCCGGAGAAGGAGAAGCCUCGGAUUGGUGGGGGGUCAAGGGCUCCAUUGCGGAGACAGAUCAAGGCUAAGCCUGCUGGGGCUCAGCCCUGUGGGGUGACCAGCGCUACCGCCCGACGCAUCCUACAGUCCCUGGAGCGCAUGUCCAGCCCCCUCGCUGAUGCCAAGAGAAUCCCCUCUACAGUGUCCUCUCCCUUGUCAACAUCCCUGGAUGGCAGCACUCUAGACCGUUCACAUUUCCAGGCCCAAAAAAAACGGCUGGACUCUCCCCUCCCACCAGUCCAGAGGCUGGUGAUCCCAGCAUCAGCGUCGGUGUCUGGGAACCGCUCAAUGUCCUUCAGGCCCUCUCUGAUCCCCGGGUGCCUAACCCGAACCCCCAGAGACACGCCCACAAGACAAUCCCCUCUGAUUCCUGAAGCAGUGGCAGGUCCUUCUCAAAGCACAAGCAGCAGUCUGCCCACCUACCCUCUGUCCAGCACUCCUGCAGCCAGAAGCACAGGGUCAGGAGGAGGGAAGAUGAAGAGGGAGAGGACCAGCACACGACCCUCGUCCAAACGACCUGAAGACGAGAUUGCUGAGCUACCGGCCCUGCCGGCCAUCUCUCUACUUAUCAACACCUCCAUCAGUCUGCCCAGCUUUAGCUUCUCCACCACCAAGCCCACUGCCACUGUCACCUCCACUCCUGUCCUGGAGGAGCCCGUCACUAACGAGGUGCCACUGACUACAGCCCCCUCUACCCCUCCCUCCACACCUUUCACCUUCUCCUCCCCUAUUGUCAUGACAACUGCUACUAGCCCACCGUCCUUCUCCCCAUCUUCUGGGUUUACAUUCAGUGCACCUGUAGUGAAAACGGGUCUGUCACUAUCCAACGGGAAGAUGGCCACCCCAGUAGUGGCAGCAGUGAAGCACGCUGCCAGUGAGAGCAUGGAGGAGAUAGAAGGGCCGUUUAAACCAGCCAAGGUGUUGAAACAGGGCAGUGUGCUGGACCUCCUCAAAGGACCUGGGUUUGCCGUUCCUGUUACUCAGACCUCCCCUGUCCCCAAAGCCCCCCAGGAGACCCCAGCCCUGUCCACCGCCCCCUCCCUUGGGGACUUGUUCAAAGUGCCAACAGGGUCCUGGGACUGUGAUGUCUGCAUGGUGCAGAACAAACCCACUGACACAAAGUGUGUGGCCUGUGUGACCCCACGACCAAACUCUUCUUUAGCAAAGACCCACAGUAAACCCUUCGCAACGGUGUCCGGGCUGGAGGGUUCCACCACCACCACCACCACUACUGCUGCUGGUUUUGGAGCCCUGUUCACAAAGCCUGCGGGAAGCUGGGACUGUGACACUUGUCUGGUUCAGAACAAGCCUCAAGUGGUCAAAUGUGUGGCCUGUGAGACAGCCAAGCCUGGGACUGGAGUUAAGGCCACACUGACUCUGCCUGCCUUCUCGGAGGCUAAGACUCUGCCCGCUGCUGCCCCCCUCCUGGGCUUCGGGGACAAGUUUAAGAAGCCGGAGGGUGCGUGGGAGUGUGACGUGUGCAUGGUGCAGAACAAGGUGCAGGACAUCAAGUGUGUUUCCUGUAUGAGCACUAAGCCAGCUAAUGAGAAGAGAGAACAACCUGGAGCGACGGCAGCGCCUCCAUCUCUAACUCCCGCCCCUGUCAGCACCACUCCUCUACUGGGCUUUGGGGCCCAGUUCAAGAAGCCAGAGGGAGCGUGGGAGUGUGACGUGUGCUGUGUUCAGAACAAGGGAGCAGACCAGGCAUGUGUGGCCUGUCAGACCCACAAGCCUGGGGUUAAAGUAGAGCCCAAAGCGUUCGGUUCCUCGUCGUUUGGUAUCCAGUCCUUGUCUGACACCGGCUCAGGGGGUUUCAAGUUUGGCUUGGGGGCGUCAUCGGACUCAGCCUCUGCUUCUGGGGGCUUUAAAUUCGGCGGCACCCUCUCUGACUCCUCGUCUUCAGGGGGCUUUAAAUUCGGCGGCACCCUCUCUGAAUUUGAAGCCCCCUGAAGAGGAGGAGUCAGAGAGGGUGCCGCCGAAUUUAAAGCCCCUGAAGACGAGGAGUCAGAGAGGGUGCCGCCGAA